AAGGUGAGGCUGCCUUGGCAGCCGCCUCCCUCAAGUGGAUCUUCAUCCAGGUGUCCAUUUUCCUGCAGUCACAGCAGCAGACUUUCUAGCUGGACUGUCCAGAUGGGGGUCCGUCCAGGUGGGGAUCACUGAGUCCCCACAUCAACUGGUAUUUUCUGGAAGGAAUGUCCCUGACAUGGUCUUGAUUUCUCAUCUUUUCCGGGAGGCCAAGAAGAUAGCCCCGCUCACUCCUGCUCACUACCCGUUUGUCUGUGUCUCAGCUUCUUUGAUACAGCCUCCUGCUCCUUCCCCGCCUCCUGGACUGGCCUGGCGCCUUUGUCCCCUCAAGGCCACCCACACCAGGCAGCCUCACAAAAGCCCUGUCUGGGGUGGGGAGUGCAAGCCUCAGUAAACUGAAUACUAGUAAUUGUCAUCGAUUCAGCCUUUACACAGAGGACAGGAGCUUCUCAGUCCUGUGGCCCUAUCCUGGGUCAGGUGUUCCCUCCAGUCUUGUGCUUGGUGACAGGGACGUAUGCCCUUCACGGGACAAGCUGCUUCUCCCCAGGGUUCCGGUGUGUUCCGAGAGGGUGGGCCACCCUCUCAUGUGGGACCCACUGCCACUGCGAAGUGCACGGUCAGGGUGCCCUGAUCUGAGCAUCCCCAAGGUGUCAGCCCGGAGCCCACAUCAGCAAGAGACGGCUUCUGCUGUGGAAAGAAGCAGAGAAGGACGUGGAGCUUCCACACCCCACUUCCAUCCUGACUGCUCCCCCAAAUCACAGAUCCUGAGAGCCUGCUCUCAAGACCUCCUCACGGUCAUCCCCAGAGCAGCAGCUCCCAAGCUUUGGGCUACAGGUUGCUGUGCCCAGCCCCAGAGAGUGGAAGAUAGCACGAGGCACCAGGCCUAGAGGCAAGCUCAGGCCUUCUCUGACGGGGGCCACGGGGUGGGGAGAGGCCAGACUGCAGCUCACACAAGCAGCAGAGGGGGCUUUCCAGCAUGAAGAGCAUCUCCCAAGGCAAGCUGAAGUGACUUGACUUCUGGCUGCCUGCGUCCUCAUGCUGGCUCCUGUUGAGAAUUACUGGCGUGACUGCUUCUGAGUCAGCUGUUUCAGAGCCCACAGGAAGUUCCAGCAGCUUCUGAAAGGCUCUCCCAGUGGAGGAAUCUCCUGUGUUGUCCUUCACAGGCCUCCGCCUCCCAGCCUGUCCAGGACCAGCAGGCUGGCCACACGCCUGUGGGAUGGUUCUGAGACUCGGAGCGUGGACUUGAGGGUCUCCUGAGGGCAGAGGUCUGGGAGUGUCUUGUCUCGCCAGGUGCCCUUUCUUCUCCAGGUCACCAAGGGGGCUGUGCUGGAGGCCGGGGCUCCAUCUGUGUAGUAGAUGCUUGCUGAGCAAGUAUCCUAGGUGUUGGGUGUGUGAGUUGUAAGCCAAACAGACAGGGUAGGGCCUCGUGGUAGCAGGAGGCACACAACAGAUGGGCACAGCAGAUCACUUCUCACUGUGAAGCCCAAAACAGAGUUGAGGCCCGGAGAAGCUGGAGGGUGGGGGCGGAGGAGCUGCUUCCUCUCGCUGGGUCAUGGGAUGGCACGUGCGCUUGGUUCACCCUGGAGGUGGUCAGGACAGCUGUGGGAGCAGCACGCACGCGGAGGAGGAACACUGAGGCGGAAACGGUGUCACCAUGCCAGAAAACGGGAGGGAGACAGCAGGGCUGGAGUGUGAUGGACGAAGGGGCCUAGUGUAGCAGGAGACCACUUGGAGCCAGCAGUCCUAGGCCCUGAGAGGCAGGGCUGCAGCUCAGAGGCCUGGGUACACUUCAGGGGAGAGGCUCCUGGCUCCCGUCAAAUUCUCAGGGAGACCCGGAUCCCUGAGAGGCUUGGGGUGUCACUGGCAAGGAUAAGCAAGUUAAGUGUUGUUAAAAGAGCCCCGAAGUAUUCAAAGAAAAACUGACAGAACAAGGGGAGUCCAGAAAUCACAGUCUUCUCCAACCAAAAUGGAAUGAAGUUAGAAAUUCCUAGCAGAAUAUUGUAAAGAUUAAAAAUAAAAUAAAAUAAAAAAAAAUAAAGAACAGAUUAUGAAACACACACAAAAAAAGAAAUUUCUAGCAGAAGGAGCCCUGGGGCGUUCACACCCAUGGAAAUUAGCCUGUCAGACAAGGGCCCCUUGAGAUGGAGGUGGCGGAGGACCAGGAGGACAGUCCUGGCCUUGCAGCUGUCAGGGCCCCCACUCUGCAUACAGUCGGGGGGGUAGUGACUUGGCUGCUUCUCUGUGGCCAGCGAGCUCCUGGGAUCCAGGUGCUUCCCCUAAACACGUGGUGAGUGAGCCCCACUGAGCGCUGGGGCCAGACUCUUCCGGAACUUAUAGGCUAGCGGGGGACCCGGAGCGAGAGCAGGGAGGGGUGAGGCCACAGCCUGAGAGAUUCUCACCUGGGUGGCGAGGGAAGGGAGGGUGUUGGUGAGAGAGCAGUGCCUACAGGGGCUGGCUGUUUCCAGGUCCCAGGAGUCCUUCAAGAAGCCACAGGUGCCACGGACCUCGGAGGCUGCCUGCCAUGGGCAGGUUUGGUAGAGUUGAAAUGCUUAUUGAAUGAAAAAGGGGAAAGAAGUUGAGGCCAGGACUCGGGUGCAGGGUAGCAGGGAUAGUCUGGGGCUGGCAAGGCCUGCUAUAGAGGAACAGCAGGAGGAGACCCUAGAGCCUGUGCCUUCACAGUGUCACCCAGGGCAGGGGGCAUCCGAGAGCAACACCUGAUGUCCUGGUGACGCGGGCACGGCUCUUGGCUGUCAGCUGCCAGCCCAGGCCCGUUGAAUGACAGCGCUGCAGUGGUGCCUCUCUCAUCGGCUCCCCGCGGUGAGAGGGUUCUCCACCCUGGUCCCUCCUGUCCACACAUCCCCUGAGCUCUGAAGCCCUGCUGCCCUGGGUGUGACACUCCAGGAGGUGAGCUUGCCGGGAGGGUGUGGGCGGUCCAGGUGUGAGGCCACCCAUCGACCCCUGCACCUUCAUCCCUGCAUGGAAGCACUGGCCGCACUGUCUUCCAAGCUUGGAGUUGGAAACCUGGGCCAGUGAAGCCGUUUGCCCCAGGUUCCACAUUCAAGACACGGCCGACUAGCUCUCAAGCCUUUGAGAGGGAGUUGAGCCCUUCACGCUCUGAGCCCUGACCACUGUCUUGUGCUCAGCUAGUGCCUGCCUGCUGAAUCCUCAGGGGGUAUUUUAUUUCGUUUUGAGCCCCAUGGUAUGCUCACAGUCGCCCCGAGGACCACUGAGCCCGUCGUGUUAAGAGGGUUUCGCGUUUCCCGAGCAUGUUGAUAGAUGGUCUCUGAUGGGGGCGGGGGUGCAGUUUAGGGUCCUUUUCUUACUGUCCUUUAGGACUUGUCUGCAGACUCUGCCUACUGCCUCUUUUUGUCCAGCCUGCAAGCUAGGAUGGUGUUCUGGUUUUUAAAGGAUUGUAAAAACAAAGAAUAUACAACGUGUGGCCUGAAUGGGGCCUGUGGAGCUGGCCCUUUACUGGAAAGCUCCGCCCCAGUUCUCGGGGGUCCCAGCCUCCUCCUCUGCAGCUUCCUUAUUUUACAGCUUUUACCUAAGCCCUGCAGCUUGCAGAGCACUUUCACAUGCAUCAUCUCAUUUAAUCCCUCACAGGCUCAAGGCAGGUGGUCCUCGUUUGGCCAAACUUAACCCCUGAGGGGCUUUUCUGAAACUAAGAAAAUUGGCUCCCCUGCUUCCCCUUCAACUCUGGUGCCUGGGGCUGGGGGUGGGGAUGUUGACCUCUCAGAGUUCACUUUAGGCUGCUUAGCUCUGAAGAAUCACAAGUCCCUGAGAGAGGAUGUAUCACCCCAGAUGGAGGUCAGCCGGCGGCUCCAGCCCCGAAGGUGGAGAAGAUUCUGACCGAGAAGAUGGAAAUUACUGCCCUCCCGUCAAGCGAGAAAGAACCUCCUCUUUAACGCAGUUCCCGCCAUCACAGUCAGUAUCCAAAAACAAUGUUUUUAUGCCAUCCACCUUCUGCGAGCCAUCUGCAGGCAAUUCUGACUCAGAACCAGAGGAAAAGAGCAGUGGGUUCCGGUUGAAGCCGCCGACGCUGAUCCACGGCCAGGCCCCCAGUGCAGGUCUGCCAAGCCAAAAGCCCAAGGAGCAGCAGCGCAGUGUGCUUCGCCCGGCGGUAUUGCAGGCCCCGCAGCCAAAGGCGCUCUCACAGACAGUCCCAAGCAGCGGCACCAACGGGGUCAGCAUCCCAGCAGACUGCACGGGGGCAGCAACAUCAGCCUUACCUGACAACCCAGCCCAGAGAAGUCCAUCUGAUGAGACGCCAGCACUUGAGGAGAAGUUCCAGAGAAAUGAGUCUAGCAAUGCUUCCGAGGAGGAGAACUGUGAGAAGAAAGAGCAGGGGGCCCAGCAGGCAUUCGUGUUUGGGCAGAACUUGAGGGACAGAGUGAAGUUGAUCAAUGAGAACACUGAAGUGGCAGACAUGGAGAACGCCGGACACCCCAGUUCAGAGACGCCAGCUGCGACCAACUACUUCCUUCAGUACAUCAGCUCCAGGCGUGCACGCCGCUGGCCCUGUGCCCCGGCCGCCCCACACUCACUCAGAGUGCGUCUCCUCUGCAGUUUAGAGAACGCAACCAACAGUGCCGACGCCGCCACCAGCAAAUUCGUGUUUGGCCAGAACAUGAGUGAGCGCGUGCUGAGCCCGCCCAAGUUAAAUGAACUCAGCUCAGAUGCCAACAGAGAAAACACAGCGGCAGAGUCCGGAUCCGAGUCCUCGUCCCAGGAAGCCACUCCUGAGAAAGAGUCCCUGGCCGAGUCGGCAGCCGCCUACACCAAGGCGACGGCGCGGAAGUGCCUGCUAGAGAAGGUGGAGGUCAUCACCGGGGAGGAGGCCGAGAGCAACGUGCUGCAGAUCCAAUGUAAGCUGUUUGUCUUUGACAAGACAUCGCAGUCGUGGGUGGAGAGAGGCCGGGGACUGCUCAGACUUAACGACAUGGCGUCAACUGACGACGGGACGUUGCAGUCCCGACUAGUGAUGCGGACCCAGGGCAGCCUGCGACUGAUCCUCAACACCAAGCUGUGGGCCCAGAUGCAGAUGGACAAGGCCAGCGAGAAGAGCAUCCGCAUCACGGCCAUGGACACUGAGGACCAGGGCGUGAAGGUCUUCCUGAUCUCGGCCAGCUCCAAGGACACAGGCCAGCUGUACGCGGCCCUGCACCACCGCAUCCUGGCCCUGCGUAGUCGCGUGGAGCAGGAGCAGGAGGCCAAGGCACCGGCCCCUGAACCUGGGACCGCCCCAUCCAACGAGGACGACAGUGAUGACGACGAUGUGCUGACCCCAUCGGGGGCCCCCACAGGCGGUGCCGGCGAUGAAGGCGAUGGGCAGACGGCCGGGAGCACAUAGCGCCAGGAGCCAGCCGCCGCGAGCCUGCUGCUUUGUCCGUCUGUCUGCCUGCCCGCCCCUCCCCCGGCAGCAUCGAGGCACGGGGCUCGGGAACCACACUCCCCGCUGGGUUGGCCACAGUCUGGAUCCGCACGUCCCGUUCAGAAGCAGACUCGGGAACUGCCUGAAUGUGGUUUGGGACACGAACCUCAUCAUAUUGAUGAGCAAAACGAAAAAGAACAUUUCUUCCCUCCCCACCUUGAAUUGAAAUGGCACAUUAAGACUUGUCACGGCUUCUCACUGGGACUGGGACACCUCGUUUCUUCACCCUGCCCUCCCUGUGUCGCCGGCUUCCCCUGCCGCCUGCCCAGGCCGCCGGGCCGUCUCACAGUGUAACACUGGGCCUGCUGGACCGUCUGUUACCACCAUCUUUACCUCCCGCCCCCACGUUCUGACUUGGGGGUUUUAUUUUUAGAUCUUUUCUCCCCCCAAGGCUUUGUGUUGGUUUCCUAGGUCGAGCAAGGCACUUCUGUGUGUCGAGCAGGCGUGGCUGCGUUGUGGGCUGCACCCUGGUUCCCCCUGUGACCCCAGCCCCCAUGCUGGGGGCGCUCGGGACUGCUCAAGAGCCAGCCCCAUGGGUUCCCCACCUGGGAUUCCUCCAGGCCGAGUCUUGGGGUGUGGACAGGUUGGGCCCUGGGCCUAGAGAGCUUGUCUAGAAAAGGGUCACUGGAUGUUGUGGGGGGCGCUCCAUCCUGUCUGUGCCCGUGACAUGGGUCAGCCAGCCUCGGGUACAUGGGUACAAGCCUACUUCCUGCUCUUGGCCGUUCUUCCCUCACCAGGCCCUGGAUGGCUCUGCCCCCAGCACUGUCGAGGGCUGGGGGCCUCUGAGAGGGGAACCCUGGUGGGGCUUCGAGGAGGGGGCAGCAAGCAGAGCAGUUUCAGACAGCAGGCAGAACCUGUGCUCGCAGCACACACAGGAGCGCGCCCUCUGCUUGCCCCACCCCGGAGCGUGGCCAAGAGCAGUGGGGCGCUGCCUCCCCCCACAUCAGGGCUCGCAGAGGAGGUCUCUGUGCACAGGGCUCCAGGGGUUCACAGGAACCCUCCCGCCCGCCCUGACAGGGUGAGGAGGCCGUCUGAGCCACGCCACCCGCACCCCGGGGUGGCCCUGCAGCCGCGCCUGAGCCACGGGACAUCACCAAAGGCCCCCCCAGCAGAUCCGGUCACACUUCUCUGCUUUAAGCCUUAGUCAACUAGUGACAAGUAAAACCAGAUAAUGCCCACGUGUUUUGGAACAUUUAUGUAAGAUUGUCAUAUGAAAUGUAUUUGGGAACUACAUUAAAACUUUUAACUAAAA